CCAUUAUAUCCUGAAAUCCGAAUCGGUAUCCAAUGUACAAAUGGACCAUUCAAUUUCCAAGUAUGAAACUCUCCUUCUUCUCGUCCUUGUAAUAUCACUACUGAUUGUCCUUUCAAUCAAACAAAUCAACUCAAAGAGGAAGAAGAAGAAGAAGAAAGAACUCCCUCUGCCUCCAGGCCCAAAGCCAUGGCCACUCCUCGGAAACAUCCCACACAUGACUAGAAAAGUUCACAUCACCAUGUCCCAAUUCGCCAAAUCCCACGGCCCCUUAAUCUCACUCAAAUUAGGCGCGCAGGUAAUCGUCGUCGCCUCUUCUCCGGCAGCCGCGGCCGAAAUCCUCAAAACCCACGAUCGUACCCUCUCGGCUAGAUACGCAUCCAAAUCCAAUCCGUUCAAACUCGGCGACAUCGACCGAAUGGCAAUCGCGUCCGCCACGACGUGUAACGACAGCUGGAAGUCCCUUCGCGCUCUCUGCAGGACGGAGCUUUUCUCCGCCAGAGCAAUCGAGGCGCAGGCCGCCGUCAGAGAGAGGAAAGCCGGUGAAAUGGUCGAUUUCUUGGCUGCUAGAGAAGGGAAAGUUGUGGACUUGGGUGAAAUUGUGUUCACCACCGUUUUCAACUCGAUGUGCAACCUUUUCUUCUCCGAGGACUUGCUGGUCUUGGAAGAUCGGAAGGGGAAAGCUGGUGGGUUGAAGAGCAAUAUUUCGAAAAUGAUGGAGCUUGUAGCUACUCCGAAUGUUGUUGAUUUUUACCCUGUAUUGGAACCGUUUGACCCUCAGGGCCUGAAAAAGAAGAUAGCCAAGGCUGCCACGCAAAUGUUCUCUGUUUGGGAGAGUUACAUAAAAGAAAGAAGGGGAAUUCAUGAAUCGAGAUCCCAUGGAGAUGCCCCGAAAGGGGAUUUCUUGGACGUUUUCAUUUCAAAUGGGUUCGACGAUCUCAAAAUCAAUUGGUUGUUCUUGGAAUUGCUGACAGCGGGAACAGACACCAUUACAACUACAGUGGAAUGGGCAAUGGCGGAGCUUCUGAAGAACGGGGAAGAAAUGAUGAAAGUUCGCGAAGAGCUGAAAAGAGAAAUUGGAGGAAACUCCAUUACUGAAGCGAACGUCUCUCAAUUGACAUUUCUAAACGCCUGCAUCAAAGAGACAUUCCGGUUACAUCCGGCAGCACCGUUCCUAAUCCCACACUGCGCUCAGGAGACUUGCGAAAUAAUGAAUUACAGAAUACCGAAAGAUUCCCAGGUGAUGGUGAACGUGUGGGCGAUAGGGCGGGAUCCAUCCGUUUGGGAGGACCCGUUGUCGUUCAAACCCGAGCGGUUUGUUCACAAUGGAUCGACCGUGGCAGACUUCAAGGGUCUUCACUUUGAGCUUCUACCGUUCGGGUCGGGUCGGAGGGUAUGCCCCGGACUACCAAUGGCAGUUAAGCAAUUGCCGUUGAUUCUAGCUUCGUUGAUUAAAGGGUUUGAUUGGACUCUUCCGGACGACGAUGAUCCGGUGGAAUUGGAUAUGGCAGAGAAGUUUGGACUUACUUUGCAGAAGGAUAAACCUUUGCUACUUGUGGUCGGAAAACAGAGCAUGUGAUGUUGAAACGAAGACUCAAAUCCCGGGUGGAGCAAUUCUGGUGCCAGUGUUUAAAUUUGAAUGUGACCGUUUGUGUUAAUUAAUCUCUAGUCCUUUGAGUUUGUGACAAGUGUCAUUUUAGUCAUGUUGGAAUUAGUUAGGGAUGACAACAAUAUCGAUAAUUCCUAAUAUCCGUCCGAACCUGACCCGAUUUGGUAGGGUAAAACCCUAUCAAAAUAAAAUAGCCCGUGGUAUGGAUAAAAUCCUAACCUGAAUAUCACAGAUAGUGGGUGGGUAUGUUUUUCUUACUAUCCCACCCGACUAUACAUACAUAUAAAAUAUUUUGUAUAAAUCAUUACUUUUUAUUUUAACAUAUACGUUG